UGCACUAUUUCCUGCACUCAGCUUCUAGCCGUCAUGGAGCUCCCUUCCUUCCUCAGUCAUCCUGUCUGGUUCUUCUGCUCUGUGGUCCUGGCCGUGGUCCUUCGACUGCAGAGGAAGGGAAGCUGGGAGGCUCGAAAAUGCCGCGCCGACCUGACGGGGAAAACUGCCAUAGUGACCGGAGCAAACACUGGUAUCGGGAAGCAGGUGGCCUUGGACUUUGCCCGGAGGAAUGCCCGCGUGAUCCUGGCGUGUCGUAGCCGUGAUCGAGGACAGAAAGCCGUGGAUGAGAUCAAGAGGGAGACCAGCAACAGGAAUGUCAUCCUCAGCAUCCUGGACACCAGCAGCAUGGCGUCCGUCCGAAGCUUCGCUGAGCAGAUCCUGAAGGAGGAGAAGAGACUGGACAUCCUGGUCAACAAUGCUGGGGCCUCAGGACUGCCGUACGCCAUCACUCCUGAGGGACUAGAGAUCACAUUCACCACAAACCACCUGGGCCCUUUCCUGCUCACCCACCUGCUGCUGGACCUCCUGAAGCGGACGGCGCCCAGCCGCAUUGUGGUUGUGUCCUCUUUCAUGCACGGACAAGGAAACAUUGACACCAGCAACUUGUGGGGAAAGAACCUGGAGAAGAACAGGUACAACGACUCGUACAACAGCACCAAGCUCAUGAACGCCAUCUGGGCCAAGGACCUGGCCACCCAGCUGCAAGGGACAGGAGUGACCGUGAACAGCGUGAACCCUGGGAUCGUCAUGACGGACGCCAUGAGGAACUACCCCUUCCUGCUCCGAUUCAUCUUCAAUAUCAUCGGCUUUUUCUUCUUUAAGAAUGCGGAGGAGGGGGCGGCCAGCGCCAUUUACAGCUCUGUAUCAGAGGAGGCCGAGGGGCUGACCGGGAAGUUCAUAGACAGUGACUGCACCAUCGUACCGCCCUCCAAGAAGACUCGAGAUCCGGCCGUCAACAGGAAGCUCUGGGAAGCCUGCGAGUCGGCGACUAAUCUGAAUAGUCACCAGGGGAAGUGAUUGCAGGAGGACAACAUGGAGACCUACAGACUGGCCAGAGGCUGGAGGAACCAUGAGCUUCUUAGAAGACAGAUAUCCAAAAAUGUGUCAGAACUGCAGGAUGUGGCCCCGAGAAAAUGUCAUGAAAUCAAGGACCAAUGAAGACGUAAUAAAAUGUAUGUGAUUUAUAAAGA